AUGUCCUGUGUUUUUUGCUUUGAGUCAAAUCAAUAUGUUUAAUUUAUCUCUAACCUUUAAUUGCUCUUCAUAAUCUAAAAUGAAAAGAAAUGGACUUUUAAAGUUGAUAUUUUAGAAUCAACUAAUCAAUAAAGUAAAAGAUCAAAAAAAACUUAGUUUUACAAUUAUAGCAAUCAUCAAAUAAAAAUUAGGAAAAUUUACAAAAUGUCAUUUAAUUAUGUGAAGGGGAUAAUCAAUAUUUUAUUUAUGACUAAUAAAUUAAACUUGUUUAGGAUGAUAGUUUUAAAUAAGGAAAUGGUCUUUGUAUUAUAAGGUCUUCGAACUAAUUAAUGAAUAUAUUAGACAGUGCAUCAGUAUUCAGUAAAAAACCCAAGAAAGAAUCCAAAGGCAAAGGAAUUGAAUUUACUCAUUCAGAUUUUCUAGUAAAAAUUGGAGAAUUUAAAAAAAAUUCUAAAAACAUGAUGAUUUUCUCUGUAAGUUUAUUUUGUUCCUAACAAGUGCUAUUAUAAACCUUUUUCAAUUAUUCCACUAAAAGAGCUUUUAGAUACUUAUUACAAUAUUUACUUAGCUUAUUUUUCAUAAUUGUUAAGCUUAGUAAACCUUCCUGAUUUUGGCACUUUUGAAUAACAACUUAAAGUUUACAAAGAUUAACUAAAUAAAUUUAAUCUUGAUGCAGAAUAUAAAUAUAAUGAGUUUUUUAAGGAUCAAACAAAAAAAGAAUUAGAAAUGAAAAAAAAUUUAGCAAAAAAUAAGUAUUAAAAUUUUUAUCAUUUUAGUGUAUAAUAUAUUGGAGAAUUAAUUUUAGUUCAUCAUAUGAUUGGAAUUUUAAAUAUUAAUUGA